AUGAUAAGACUUUUAAAAUUAUUUCUACUCAUCAAUUACUUAUUAUUAAUAUUCUUUAAACCAAAAUAUGGACAAAUGUUCGACUCUCAAAUGGAUCUAAGUGAAGUAAUGAAUGAAGCUCAAAGACGAUCAAGCAAAUUAACUUCUUCAGACACUAGUGAUUCAACUAGCAGUGAUGAUGAUAGUGAUCGUAUUUUUAAAUUUUAUACAGCACAUGGUAAAAGUGAUCGAAAAACGAAAUCAAAUGACUUUGCGCAUAAACGUUUUGAAGGUGACUUCUAUUCACGAGGCUAUUCAAGAUAUGGGGAUGUGGAUACAGAGUCGACAACAUUUAAAUAUGCUGGUAUUAUGCGAUCUAAUGGUAGAAAGAGAAGAACCUCCUCUGAUAGAGAUACAAUAGGCUCUUCAAAUAGAUAUAAUUAUAAAUAUUUUAAAGAUAAUUUUAAAAUUAAAGCAAAAUCAAGAAAUUAUCAAAGAGAAGAUGAUAGUGAAACAAUGGAAGCUCAAGGAGAGAAGACACGUCUCCAAGGAGAAAUGCAAGACUCAACUUCUCUUAAUGAGGAAGGGACUCGAAGCAAUGAAAAAGUUGUCGAAAAUGAAAGAAAAGAUGUGCUGAUCAAGGAAGACUCAGAGGAUUCUGAAAAGAAUGGAGGCAUACCAAGAUUUCCGACACUUAUACCAAAUCGGAAUCAAGAAUAG